AUUAUUCUCUCCAUCACCACAGUCGAUCGAAAUCCUCUACCGACCAGACGGGUCAUUCUCCGGGUCAGAACCUGGAUGAGUCCCACCCUUACCUGGAGCCUUUCCUCCACGAAUUCCAUGACGAGGAGCAACAGCACCCUCUGCAGGACAACCCGCGACCCAACAUACUGCCGCCUCGUCACUCUCACAGCCUGGAGCUGAUGGACACGACGGACCGCAAGCUGAAGAAGAAACGACGCAACAAACAGAAGAAACAUCAGAGAAACAGACAGUUUAAUGACCUCUGGGUUCGCAUCGAGGAGAGCACCACAGUCCAGUCUCCUCCACCUCCGCUGGUGCGUGUCAUCGACGGUUACGUCACCGUAGGGCCUCACCACCAUGACCUUGAAAGAGGCCACGCCCACGGCCACGACAGAACCAAUCACCACAGGUGGUCGUCAGGCUGCUCCGCCUCCACGCCGCUGUCUGUCAUCUGGUUACGGUUAACAGUGUUGGUUCACACCUGGACACUGGUAGUAACUCUAGUCUAAAGUAUGAGGUUGUUGGCUAAACUUUUGCACACAAACUGGAAGAAAAAUCCUCAUCAAUCUAUUUCAAAAACACUGUAAUUCUGUAUACUGUUAACAGUGUUGGGUGACAUCUGGACUGCAGAUCUAGUACAGGAGGUUCCUGGUUCAAAACCCUCCUGCUCUCAUCUGGACUGCAGAACUAAUACAGGAGGUUCCUGGUUCAAAACCCUCCUGCUCUCAUCUGGACUGCAGAACUAGUACAGGAGGUUCCUGGUUCAAAACCCUCCUGCUCUCAUCUGGACUGCAGAACUAAUACAGGAGGUUCCUGGUUCAAAACCCUCCUGCUCUCAUCUGGACUGCAGAACUAAUACAGGAGGUUCCUGGUUCAAAACCCUCCUGCUCUCAUCUGGACUGCAGAACUAAUACAGGAGGUUACUGGUUCAAAACCCUCCUGCUCUCAUCUGGACUCUAGUAGCAGUUCUAAUGCAGGAGGUUACUGGUUCAAAACCCUCCUACUCUCAUCUGGACUCUAGUAGCAGAUCUAGUACUAUAAUCAGUGUUGGUUCACAUCUGGACUCUGCAUAACUAGUGCAGGAGGUUACUGGUUCAAACCCUUCCUGCUCUUAAACUGGAAGGAAAGGAAGCAUCUUUUUCAACACACAAUGAGGUGAAUCCUAACUUCAAGGGAAAAUCGGACAUAAGUGGAAGUUCGCAUUCGCUCAAAUCAAAUCAAGUCUAUACUGGAUCUUUUUACAUUAAAUUUAGUUCUUUAUUUUGACCAAAAAAAACAAACAAAUAUAUUAUUAAGAACCCAGACAGCUCUUACUCUUCCUUUUCUUCCGACCCUCUUCAUUUAUUCUUCACUUUUUGAAGAAUGUGUUUUGUAUUGCUCAAUACUGUGGGAAUUGUAUAUAUCUACAUAUUCUAGAUUGUAUUUUAGAAAUAUGAAAUUGAAAAAGGGUUGACUGUGUUUUGUUUAUUGUUGUUGUUGUUUAUAAAUAGACACGGUGUAUUUUUUGAGACUAAAGCUGAUACUAACCAUCAUACCCUGUAUUUGGUAGCCUGGUCCCAUAGCCUGGUCCCAUAGCCUGGUCCCAUAGCCUGGUCUCAUAGCCUGGUCCUAUAGCCUGGUCCCAUAGCCUGGACCCAUAGCCUGGUCCCAUAGCCUGGUCCUAUAGCCUGGUCCCAUAGCCUGGUCCCAUAGCCUGGUCCCAUAGCCUGGUCCCAUAGCCUGGUCUCAUAGCCUGGUCCCAUAGCCUGGUCCCAUACCCUGGUCCUAUAGCCUGGUCCCAUAGCCUGGUCUCAUAGCCUGGUCCCAUAGCCUGGUCCCAUAGCCUGGUCUCAUAGCCUGGUCUCAUAGCCUGGUCCCAUAGCCUGGUCCCAUAGCCUGGUCCCAUAGCCUGGUCCCAUACCCUGGUCCCAUAGCCUGGUCCCAUAGCCUGGUCCCAUAGCCUGGUCUGAUCUGCGUGUGCUGUCUAGCUAACUCCUAUGGUCUUUGUCACCUUAGGAGUUGUCAAGACAACACAACCAGAUCUGGAUCCAGGCUAUGUAUCUGUCUCUCCGUGGUUGAAUGGUGAUGUUGGUGGGGGGAGAAUCCAUCCUAAACCAGUUACCUAUGGUUUGUUCUUUAUUUUGUUCUGUUCUGAGAGAAUUACAUUUUAUGUUUUAACAUAGAGAAUAUUUGUUUAAUUUAUUUAACUAUAUAGUUGGUAAGUAAUCUAAGCAUGCGUUGUUGUGGUCCAUCCCAAUGUGAUUUGUUCAUUCUCUCUCCAGCCCAAGAGUCAAGUUAACACCAGUUUGUUGGAUGUUCUGUAAAGCAGGAGAUUCCACGAGAUGAGUUUAUCUUGUUGUAGCUCACUGACAUUUCAAUUGUUGUGGCGUGAGAUUAUUGUAAUAUUUUGCUGUACCGUUAAACAAUAAAAUAUGUAUCUAGUUAAA